GAGUGAAAGAACGGGACACUACCGACCAAAACAAGAAAAGAGGACGACACUUCGAAACUCGGGGAAAAUAGGCAUGGCGGAGACCUCCAUCCACCGCAAAUCCUCCGGCGACCGGCCGAAUCGCACCGACAAAACAAACCCACCUCUACCUCCUCCUUUGAGCCCUAGGGAUCUCAUCAGCGCCUUGCCGGACGCUGUGAUCCACCGCAUCUUCUCGUUUCUGCCCCUCCAAGACGUCGUCAAGACCAGCGUCCUCUCCAAGCGCUGGCGGCCCACUUGGACCACCGCCACCGACUUGGUCUUCGACGAAGAGAUCGUAGCCCGGCGUGGCAGUACCUUGGACUUCUCGUCCCUCGUCGACAGCGUCCUGAUACAGUGCAUCUCCCCCACGGUGAAGAGGUUCCACGUCAUCCGCUUCAAGUACGAGAAGGCCCACCGCCCCAAGUUCGACCUCUGGCUACGCUUCGCAGAGGGGCGCCGAGUGGAGGACCUCAGCCUGCUGCUAGUGCCGACUACUGAGCCGCCGACCCUUUAUAUACUGCCGCGGUUCUUGUAUUGCUGGAGUUGGUUGGUGCGCCUUAAAGUCUGGACGUGCUGUUUCUCGUUGGGUAGGACUAUUAGGUGGCCUUGUCUUAAGAUCUUGGUGAUCGCAAUUUCAAGGUUGAGCGAUGAUAUCCUCGAGGGAAUUUUCAGGGGAUGCCCUGUUCUAGAGUCCCUUAAAUUGUGGGGUUGUUGGGGCGUGAAGAACAUUAUGAUAGAUUCAACAUGUGUGAAAGAGUUGGUACUCUUUGGCUUACGCGACUCUAACAUUCAGACAAUUUGGGCCCCGCAUUUGCUGUCGCUGCGAAUAUCAGGGGAUUGGCAACCUCAUGCCAUGCUAAGACUUGGCGAUGUAUCUUCUUUGGUGGAAGCCAAGUUAGAUUUUUCGAUUCGAGUUCUUACCGAUUUGCCUUGUGACGAGAUGAUGUGCAGCCACAUGUUGAAGGAAACCUUUCAGAAGCUGUGCGGAGUUACUACAAUCACCAUUGGGGCUUGGUGUUUUCAGAAACUUUCCCUUUUGGAGAUGGAAGGAGUGCCAGCGCCAUUGUCAAUAUGUCAGAGUCUGACGCUACAUGUAGACAUUAUUCAGUGGGACCUUCUUGGGAUAGCAUACAUGCUACGAAUUUCACAGUGCCUGGAAAAAUUAGUCAUAUGCCUGACUGGCCUCCCUCUAUCAAUGUAUAGUCUUGACGAAGAAUCGAAAGAAAGUUUUAACUAUGAUGAAGAAGAUUUUUUGUGUUCACGGAAGGGGAACUUUCAAUGUUUGGCGAAACAUCUCAAGAGAGUUGAGAUCACCAUUGAUAAUUUUGGGUUGGAACGUCUGCUUGCCCUGAUUAAGUUUCUUCUUGGUGAUGCACUUGCGCUGGAGAAGAUGAUUAUCAAGGCUAAUUUGAACAUGGGACAUGGACAAGAACAUGUUCGAGCCACUAUUCUUUCGAAACUACUUGUUGUGAGCCAAAAUAUGCUCAGCUAUCGAAGAGCUUCCAGAAAUGCUGAAGUUAUCUUCAGCCACUCUUUCAAAUAGGUGUCCUUCUUAAAGCAUAUGAAAAUCUGGGUUUCUUGUUAAUCUAAUGGCAGGCAUACUUUGCCUUGGGCACUACACUACUCAUUUUUAUCUACACUGUCAGGUUUUAACAUGUACCUAAUCUACACUUCUGUCAAGUUUAGUAUAGAUGUAAGUAUGAACCUCCUUAAGGAAUGAGGUUAAUGGUAGUGUUUUUGAUUAUCAGCACAUGAAGGGUGUUUGGUCAAGAUAAUUUUCUUUAUCUGCACUCUUGGAAGACUAAGCGAAGUCUUCAUGUAUUUGUGCGAAACUGCAUGGACAUCAUUACAAUUUGAUUUUAGUUUCAG